GUAGAAAAAAUAACUGGCCACCUCUUCCUGAGAAUUUUCCAGUGGGUCCGUGUUUCUAUCAGGAUUUUUCUGUAGACAUUCCUGUAGAAUUCCAGAAGACAGUGAAGAUUAUGUACUAUUUGUGGAUGUUCCAUACAGUGACACUGUUUCUUAAUAUCUUUGGAUGUUUGGCCUGGUUUUAUGUUGAUCCAACACGAGGGGUUGAUUUUGGAUUGAGUAUCCUCUGGUUCUUGCUUUUUACUCCUUGCUCUUUUGUCUGCUGGUACAGACCACUUUAUGGAGCUUUCAGAAACUGUGGUUGGAUUUCAUCUCUUACUGGUCUUAAUAAGAGUAUCCCUGUUGGCAUUAUGAUGAUAAUUAUAGCUGCACUUUUCACAGCUUCUGCUGUUAUCUCAUUAGUUAUGUUUAAAAAG